AUGUCUGUCCUCGAAAAGACCCUCCCCAAGCCUAAAAUCGAGCUCUACAGCGGCAAAUACUUCGCAGCCUGUGGUCUCGGUGGAAUAAUCGCCUGCGGUCCAACCCACACAGCCGUAACCCCCCUCGAUCUCGUAAAAUGCCGUCGCCAAGUCGAUUCGAACCUUUACAAAUCUAACUUUGGCGCAUGGAAAUCCAUCUACAAGGGCGAGGGCCUGCGCGGGGUCUUCUUCGGCUGGUCCCCCACGUUCGUCGGAUAUUGUUUCCAGGGUGGUGGAAAAUAUGGGUUCUAUGAGGUCUUCAAGUACCUCUACGGCGAGAAGAUGUUUCCCGAUGCCAAUAAGACAGCCAUCUUCUUGGCCGGUAGUGCGAGUGCUGAGUUUAUCGCGGAUCUGGCGCUCUGUCCGUUCGAAGCUAUCAAGGUCAGGAUGCAGACCACUCUGCCUCCAUUCGCGAGUACCUUGAGGGAGGGUAUGAGCAAAGUUAUUAAAGAGGAGGGUUAUGCUGGCCUUUACAAAGGACUCUACCCCCUUUGGGCCCGCCAGAUCCCAUACACGAUGUGUAAAUUUGCAACCUUCGAGAAAACCGUCGAUGCCAUAUACAACCGUCUCGGAAAGCCCAAGUCAUCGUACAACGGCCUCCAACAAACCGGAGUCUCCUUCCUUGGUGGUUACAUUGCAGGUAUUGCCUGCGCAGUCAUCUCGCAUCCGGCUGAUGUUAUGGUGUCCAAGUUGAACUCGGACAGGAAGGCGGGUGAAGGUGCUGGUCAGGCUAUUGGCAGGAUCUAUAAAAAUGUUGGUUUUGCCGGGCUGUGGAAUGGACUACCCGUCCGAAUUGCGAUGAUUGGUACCCUUACCGCGUUCCAGUGGUUGAUUUAUGAUAGUUUUAAGGUGGCGUUGGGAUUGCCUACUACAGGAGGUCACUAG